AUGUGACCUUCAGAGCCGCGCGCACGGGAUGACCGGAGCCUCCGCCCCGCGGCGCCCGCGGCUCGCCGCGGCCUCCCGGGCGCUCUGACCGCGAUCCGCCCCGGCCCGCGCCCCGCCCGCCCCGCCAUGCCGCCCGGGCCCGCCGCCGCCCUGGGCGCCGCGCUGGUGCUGGCCCUCCUGGCCUCCGAGUCCGCGCACGUGGUGCUGCGGGCGCGCGAGGCGGCGCAGUUCCUGCGGCCCAGGCAGCGGCGCGCCUACCAGGUCUUCGAGGAGGCCAAGCAGGGCCACCUGGAGCGGGAGUGCAUCGAGGAGCUGUGCAGCCAGGAGGAGGCCCGGGAGGUGUUCGAGAACGACCCCGAGACGGACUAUUUUUACCCUCGAUACUUAGAGUGCAUGAGUAAAUAUGGUUCUCCGUACACAAAAAACCCCGCUUUCGUUACAUGCGUUCAAAAGCUGCCCGACCAGUGCUCUCCGAACCCCUGCAAUAAGGAGGGGGCCCACGUCUGCCAAGACCUCAUGGGCAACUUCUACUGCCAGUGCAAGGAUGGCUGGGGUGGCCGGCUCUGCGACAGAGAUGUCAACGAGUGCGGCCAGCAGAAUGGUGGCUGCAACCAGAUUUGCUACAACAAGCCGGGCAGCUUCCAUUGUGCCUGCUACAGCGGCUACGUGCUCUCCCCCGACAGCAGGACCUGCCAAGACAUCGACGAGUGUGCGGACACGGGCGCCUGCGGGGAAGCACGCUGCCGGAACCUGCCUGGCUCCUACUCCUGCCUCUGCGACGCGGGCUACACCUUCAGUCCCCGGGAGAGGGCCUGCCAAGAUGUGGACGAGUGUGCUGAGAGCCGCUGCGAGCAGGCCUGCGUCAACUCCCCGGGGAGCUACAGCUGCCACUGCAAUGGCCGUGGGGGCCUCAAGCUGUCCCAGGACAUGAACACCUGCGAGGACAUUCUGCCCUGUGUGCCCUUCAAUGUGGCCAAAAGCGUGAAGUCCUUAUACCUGGGCCGCAUGUUCAGCGGGACACCUGUGAUCAGACUGCGCUUCAAAAGGCUGCAGCCCACCAGGCUAGUGGCUGAGUUCGACUUCAGGACCUUUGACCCCGAAGGCGUCCUCUUCUUUGCUGGAGGCCCUCAAAACGGCACCUGGAUUGUCCUGGGCCUGCGGGCCGGCCGGCUGGAGCUACAGCUCCGCUACCGUGGCAUUGGCCGCGUCACCAGCAGUGGGCCCGUCGUCAGCCACGGCAUGUGGCAGACGAUCUCUGUUGAGGAGCUGGAGCGGAACCUGGUGAUCAAGGUCAACAAGGACGCUGUGAUGAAGAUCGCAGUGGCCGGGGACCUCUUCCAGCUGGACAGGGGGCUGUACCAUCUGACCCUCACUGUCGGGGGCCUUCCCUUCAAGGAGACCGACCUGGUCCAGCCUAUAAACCCGCGCCUGGAUGGCUGUAUGAGGAGCUGGAACUGGUUGAACGGAGAAGACACCACCAUCCAAGAAACAGUCAAGGCGAACACAAGGAUGCAGUGCUUCUCCGCAGCCGAGAAAGGCUCCUUCUACCCCGGGACUGGGGCUGCCUUCUACCGCCUGCAGUACGCCUUGCAAUGUGCCGCCUUCGUUGCAGCCCAGACCUCCUCGGAUGCUGGGAUGGGAGCAACCUGGGAAGUGGAGGUCGUGGCUCGGAUCCGCCCCGCCACUGACACCGGGGUGCUGCUUGCACUUGUGGGCGACGACCACACUGUGCUGCUGUCCGUGGCCCUGGUGGACUACCACUCCACCAAGAAGCUUAAAAAGCAGCUGGUGGUCCUGGCCAUGGGGAGCACCGUGCUGACCCUGAUGGAGAUCAAGGCCUGUGAUGGCCAGGAGCACACAGUGGCCGUCGCCGUGAGGGAGGACGAGGCCACCCUGGCAGUCGACGGCACUCGGGGCCAGAGCGAAGUGAGCCCUGUGGGGCUGCGAGAGAGGCUGGCUGAGCUCGGGGGACACCUGCAGGGCUCUGUGCUCACCUUCGUCGGGGGGCUGCCAGAUGUGCCACUGACCUCGGCCCCCGUCACAGCCUUCUACCGCGGCUGCAUGUCGCUGGAGGUCAACAGGCAGGUGCUGGAUGUGGACGAGGCCGCCUACAAGCACAGCGACAUUACAUCGCACUCCUGCCCCCCUGCCAUGCAGGCUGCCCCCUAGGCUGGCCACGGGCACAGGUGCCACCAGGCGCCGCCCCCCCUUUCUCUCCAGAAAGAGGGAAGAAGGGAGGGCGUGAGUCACCCCAGCCCCGCACGAGCAGUCCCCGGAGCGGCACCCUCGCGAGCUGAGCUCUGAGACCGUUCUUCACCUUGUAAAAUACGUGUACAUAGCUGAGAGGACUGGUGUUAACAACCGAAACCAUGUCCGCCCCCAGAGCGUCUGAGCGAAGCCAGGCUCCAAGGAGUCGACCUGAGCUUAGAGGCCGGCACGUGCCAGAGCGGACCCAGGAAAAUAAUUCUCUAUUAUUUUUAUUACCAGAUGUUUCUUUCUGACCUAAAAAUAUGGAAAAAUAAAAUAUUUACAGAAACCUUUUUAA